AUGGCUUCCACAACAUCACUACGAUACCUCACCAUGGAGGAGCUUAACAAGAACGCCCUGGAACAAUUCGUCUACCAACCUGUGGGCCGCGAUAUGAUCGCAUACCUCGCCCAAGCUGCUCACAACGUCAUCGCCUGCGACUCGACUUUGAUGCCUCCCGCUCCCGCCGAUGCUCGCCACAACAUCCCAACUCCUCCCCAGAGCCCCGAGCCCCGAACCGUCCGAUCCGAAGACGGAGCUCUUCCCACCCUUGAGGAGUUCAUCACUCAGCUUGUCGUCUCUUCCAACGUCCAGGUCCCUACUCUCAUGUCUACUCUUGUCUACCUUGGCCGCCUAAAGUCCAAGCUCCAGCCCAUGGCCCGCGGUCUGCGCUGUACCGCCCACCGCAUCUUCCUCGCUGCUCUCAUCCUCUCCGCCAAGUACCUUAACGACAGCUCACCCAAGAACAAGCACUGGGCCAACUACAGCCACAUCACAACCGAGUGCUACAACUUUGGCUUCAGCCGCACAGAGGUCAACCUCAUGGAGAAGCAGCUUCUCUUCCUCCUCGAGUGGGAUCUUCGAAUUACUGAGCAGGACCUUUACCGGGAUCUCGACGACUUCCUUGAGCCUCUUCGCCACAAGAUUGCCGAGCGACAUGCUCGCAAGAUUCGACACCGCGAGGAGAAGCGACGACAGAAGGAGCUCUAUGCCGCUUCCGCCAGAUACCCCAGCCCUGCUUCUUCCCGUGGCCACUCCCGCUCUCGAGGAUCAACACCCGAGCACGCACGAAACCUCUCUGGACCUGUCACUCCUCCUGGUCUCAGCUACAGCAGCUCUUCUAGCUCUUACGCCUCAUCUGUCUCUUCUGGCCGCGCUUACUCCCAGGCUACUACUCCUCUAGAGCCUUCCGACCCCGAGCCUUACUACUACGAGUCGCAACAGGGCAGCCUCUAUGACUCACCCGUGCAAAUCGUCCCCGAUGUUGACUACCCCAAGGCUCACAUGGCCAGUGGACGCAUGCUUCCUUACGAGAUCACUGCCGACGAGUACCAACAGUACCAGCACUACCAGGAUGCCUCGUCCAAGAAGCAGCAGCAGCAACAGCAGCAGCGCUCAAGACGUGGCAUGUGGGGUCGCCUUCUCGGUGGAGGGGUCGCUGUGCGAUGA